AAGCAAUUUAAAAGAUGGCUAAACUUGCCUCCCUUUUCAUCUUAACCCUCCUCCUCGUUUCCACUCUAUCAUUCAGCUUUGCUGCCCGGUCUGGCCCAGCUUUCCCUAACGACUCUCCUGCAAAAACCCAAUCUCAGGGCACCACUACAACUGAUGAGAUAGAGCAGAGCGAAGAUAGGUGUGAAGGAGUUGGAGAAGAUGAGUGUUUGAUGAGAAGAACUCUUGCUGCACAUCUUGACUAUAUCUAUACUCAGAAACAAAAGCCUUGACUUUUUCUUAUUCUCCUUGUUUCUUGGUUAUAGGCCUUUAUGCUUCUUCGUUAAUCAAAUUGUCCUAUAAUACGUAUAAACCGGUUACGUUUUUCUA